GUGUGUGUGUGUGUGUGUGUGUGUGUGUGUGUGUGUGCGCGCGCGCGCGCGCGUGUAUGUGUGUGUGUUUGUGUAGAUAAAGUAUGAAUCGGCAAUAUAUCAGUUCUCAUCUCUUACCCUUUUCGACAGGGUUCUCAUGUCCCGUUGACAUAUCCCGUUGUUCUUUCUCUCGUCCCACACCUAAGCUCCUCAAACAUUCAAGCAUAACCGUGCGACCUCCAUUCCGCACGGAGAGAUGCCCAUGCAAUGCAAAGUGUGUCGGUCCCCCUAUGCCCCGGGGGCGAACGCACCAGUCGCCCUCUCCUGCGGCCACAGCACCUGUAGGGAGUGCCUCGAGUUUUCCCUCAGGCACAGCGAGCAGCUCAAGUGUCCCAGAUGCCGGGAGGUUCACCAAGGACCUGGUCUGGAGGAUCUCAAGGAUAACUACGACCUUAUAGAAGAGGUCGCUGCGGAGGAACAGGAGGAUGCGGGAACGGCAGCUCAGACGGAGUCAUUCAGUAUAAGUGUCAUAAACAUGGAAGACAAGGUGUUUCCCGUCACCGUCACCCGUCGGGACACAUUCAAGAGAGUCAAGCAGAUCCUAAACACGGCGUACGGCUUCAACGUGGGUGAAAUAAAGCUCUUGUUCAGGGGCCAAAGGCUGCAGGACAACAGAACAGUCGGGGAACAAAACAUCACUGCCGGCGAUGUCGUGCAAAUGGCAGUGACGCCACGAACAGAUCAGGAGAACCUAAUCAAGAUCACCCUCAGCACUCCGAUAGGCAAGACGGUCUCCGCUACUAUCAAUGCAGACGACAAGCUCUUUCGAUUCAAGGUCGAUACGUGCACGCGAUACGGUCUUGAUCCGGCCUUGUUUCGGCUACUGCACAGUGGAAACAAGCUGUUAGAGGACAAGACACCGGCCUAUUACGGGAUAACCGAAGGCAGUAAAUUGGAUUUAGUAACCACCUUUCUCGGAGGGGAGAGAUCUGUCUGCCACAGCUCGUGUUUAUAUUCAGGGUCCCUGAAUGUUUAUCUCUUGUCUGUCUAUUUUAAAUGAAUCAAUGUUAAUCCUCACUCUUUCUCUCUCGCUUUUCUUUAGUCUCUGUCUCUGCUUCUCCUAUUUUUUUACCAGUUUUUUAAGUCCAGUCUCUCUUUCUCGCUCGUUCGUCGCUUUCUACAUGCCCCUGUCUCUGCUUUUCCUUUCUGUCUUUCUUUGCCACUCUCACCACAGUGUUUAUAUACACAAUCUCUGUCUUCUCACAAACUAGACCUACAUUCAAACUGUACACAUAUACUAAACUAUAUUCAUAUGACAUUUUAAUUUUCAUACCCAAACGUGUUUAAUAUAUGUAUGUAUGUAUGUAUGUAUGUAUGCAAAGAAAUAUAUGAAAUUAGUAAAUAAAUGAAAACAGAUUAAAUAUAUUUACAAAACCAGCAGAUUUUUUUUCUUCUAUAUUUAUGUAUAUAUGUAUAUAUAUAUAUAUAUAUAUAUAUAUAUAUAUAUAUAUAUAUAUAUAUGUAUAUAUAUAUAUACACACACACACACACACACA